UGAGAGUCAAAGUACAAGUAAGCGUCAGGAAGGCGUUUGUAACAGGGUCUACUAUUGACUCCUAUUUCACACAUGUGAUUACAUUGAUUUUAUGGUCACAACUCGAUAUUACGGAGGAUCAAACAACCAGAGAGGACGCAAACAGUUUGUGAAAGAUGUGGAGUGUGGGACUUCUACUUCUAACUGUACUUUCCUCAGAAGUUGGAAUCCAGGAGAACCUAACAAUGCAGGAGACGAGGACUGUGUGGAAGUGUUACAGGGGGGCGGCUGGAAUGACCAUUCCUGUACUGUACUUCGUCCGUACAUCUGUGAGAGAUCUGUGGAUAGCGAGUGUGACUACGGCUAUGAGAAGAACGGCGACCGCUGCUACAGGGUGGGUGACGUCAGCAUGACGUGGUUAGACGCGCGUGCGCGGUGCAGGAGAGAAGGGGGUGACGUCAUAUCUAUCUACAACAUGACAGAUCACGUGUAUGUCGCCACCAAAGUGCGGUCUUUAGGUGAACCCCUGUGGAUAGGGCUGUCUGACGUGGACUCCCCAAGUAUCUUACACUGGAGUAAUCCAGCUGAUGCUGUAGACUUCACAUUCUGGCAGCCUGGGGAACCUGUGGGCAACUGGUCGUGGCCAGGCGCCACAUGUGUGGAAGUGAUCGCUAGCGGACGGUCAGCUUACUGGACUGCUGUCAGGUGUGGAAACGAGAGGAAGUACAUAUGUGAAAAGGGUCUAUAUGGUACCUGUCCAGCCGGCUGGUUCGCUAACGAGAGAAGUUGUUAUCAGUUCAACACUGUCCCACAAACACAGUGGCUGGAGGCAAAACUACGCUGUGAAGCACAGGGAACACAGCUGGUUACCAUCUCCAGCCAAGCGGAACAGGAUUUCAUCAACACCAUGUUCCCAUCCCUACAAGCGGGUGGAACAAACUAUCUAUGGAUUGGCCUAUCUGAUAUUGUAGAUGACGGAGUGUUCCGGUGGCCGGACGAUGACGUAACCUAUACCAACUGGUUACCCAGCAACCCUAGUGACAGACCAGACUAUGUGGACUGUUCCACUAUAUACACAGGUGCAAAUGAAGGAUAUUGGGAAACCAGAGAAUGCUUUGAACAGCAUGCCUAUAUCUGUGAACUCCCACAAGGAAAAGACUUGGUAACUGCAGAAUGUAACAGACCACUCGGUCUGGAGGCCUAUGCCAUUGGUGAUGCUCAGCUGAACGCCUCUGCUGCCCUGGACCUGGACCAUCGUGCUCAGCGAGGACGGCUGAACCUCAGAACCGACGCCAAUGGCGGAGGGGGCUGGGCAGCAGCUGCAAGUGAUGCCAAUGAGUGGAUAGAGAUUGACUUGCUAUAUCCCACCAAAAUGACUGGCCUGGUGACCCAGGGCACGUUUGACCUGGUACGCUGGGUGACUACAUAUGAAGUGAUGUACAGCUUGGAUAGACAAAACUGGGGGAUCAUCACGGGCAUAAAUGGGGCGCCAAAGGUAUUCCAAGGAAACACCGACCAGAACACGGAGGUCCACACCUACCUGGAUACACCUAUUGUCACACGGUUUGUCCGUGUCUGGCCCAAGACCUGGCACAAUGGUAUCGGGCUGAGGCUGGAGCUUCUUGGAUGCAGCUCCAGUCAAAACAAGAGCUGCCCAUCUGGAUGGAUCCUUAAUCCAAUGUUUAGUUCCUGCUACCUGUUUGUGAACGAAGACGAGACGUGGGAUAAGGCACAGUCAGAAUGUAGCCAGAGGGACGCAACUCUGACCAGUGUGACGUCUGCAGAGGAGCAGGACUUUAUUCUCGGUCACUGUAACACAAAUGUGAAUAUUGGUUUCAAUGAUAAGACAACAGAGGGAACGUUCACCUGGCUGGAUGGAUUGCCCACUACAUUUUCCAACUGGGAACCAGGAGAGCCCAGCAAUGCCGGAGGGAACGAGGACUGUGCUGAGAUUGUUCACGACACAGGUCUGUGGAACGACGUGCCAUGCGGCCAGUCCUGGUCCACACGUGGGUAUGUCUGUAAACGGCCUGCAGACGAGGUGGCCCUGCCAACUGUGCUGCCCACUUCAGCAUGGACUAGUGACAAGUGUCCAGCAGGCUGGAAUGAGGAUCCAAUGGGAGACUUCUGCUACCAGAUCAACAGCGCCUCCCUCCGGUCCUGGCGGGAAGCAAAGGAAGCAUGCAUACAAAACGGGGGAGACCUUCUCAGCAUCACGACUCCUCAUGAGCAGUUCUACAUUACAGGACUGUUGUCCUCUGUCAGUGGGAUGGCAUCUCUGUGGAUCGGAGCAAACAGUCUCGGAACACCAGGCCGGUGGACCUGGAGUGAUGGAAGCGCAUUCGUCUAUCUCAAUUGGGCUUCUGGUCCUAAUGGUGGAAACACUGAUAACUGUGUGGAGAUUACCAGCAGUAAUGGCCGGUGGAAUGACCUAAGCUGUGCUGAAAGUCGAGGGUACAUCUGUAAAGCUCGUCAGACACCCACAGUACCAACACCCCUGCCUCCUCCUGACCAGUUCCUUGUGCAUAUUUGUGAGAGGCAAGGCGACACACUUUCCUGUGAUGGAGGGAAGGUUAUUGAAGUGGUGGCAGCAACUUACGGGCGGAGUGACCCCAACAUCUGCACCAACCGACCGAUAUCGAACACAGACUGUUCUGCAGCAGGAGUGUUACAGAAAGUGAAGACGUCCUGUGAUGGACAGACAGACUGCCGUGUCACAGCCAGCAACAGUGUAUUUGGUGAUCCAUGUUCAGGAGUGCAGAAGUAUCUAGAGUUGACCUACAACUGUAUACAAGCUCCAGGUGCAGUGCCCGAUGCCCACCCGGAUGUGCUGGUACAUCAGCAGAGGUUAGAGGUACAGGAGUGUACACUGAUAUAUGGGGACUGGACUGCACACAGGUCAUUUCUCUUCCAAUCUGAUGGCGUGCUUUCCUGCCCACCUGGAUGGACCAGUUACCAUGACAGCUGCUACUUUGCAUCGUCUGACCAGCGGAGUUGGCAGGACGCCUCCUCCUCCUGCAGACAGAUGGGCGGGGACCUGGCCUCCAUCUCUACCUCCACAGAACAGGCGCUGCUUACAAGUCUUGUGGCAGGAGUUCCAGGCAAUACUUGGAUCGGCUUGAAUGACCUGUCCAUCCACAUGUACUUCCAAUGGAUAGACGACACGCAGGCUACCUUCUCAAACUGGGACAACAACCAGCCUGAUGACUGGAGCGGGAACACAGAAAACUGUGUGCAAGUCAACAACAACAAUGGCCGCUGGACCGAUGCAGCCUGUGACCAGCCAGCAUAUUAUGUGUGCAAGAAACCCAAAGCUCUGCUGGCUACCCCAUCUGUACAGCCGACUGUUGCUGGAUGUGAAGAGGGAUGGAUGGCGUACCAGGCAUCCUGCUACAUUGUCAGUGAUGACGUGGAAACUUGGCCAGCUGCCAGGUCAAAGUGCCAAUCGUCUUACUCAGCAGAGCUUGUUCAGAUCCAAGAUAGAUUUGAACAGGCUUUUCUGGCGAGCAGAGCUAGUGACUCUGACACCAGUUUGUGGAUCGGCCUGUCUGGUGUCAUCGACAACGGGCAGACAACAUUCCAGUGGUCAGACGGAGAGCGUCUCAGCUACACCAACUGGGACAGAAACCAGCCAGAUCCUGCCCAAGGCAGAUGUGUGUCAAUGCACACUGGAGAUGGGGCAGGGCUAUGGAAAGCCCAGCAAUGCCCUGCACCGCAGAGGUACAUCUGUGAGAGGCAGAGAGUUGGUUUUACUGCACCUCCCCUGCCACCGACAACAACUCCUGCACCAACAUGCCCCACUGGGUGGGCUGGGCCGGAACAAGGAGCAUUCUGUUACCAGUUACACACAGCUGUGAAGAAGACCUGGAUGGAGUCUGUUGAUGCCUGCAGGGCAGUGGGAGCAAACCUCUGCAGCAUACACAGCACAUCUGAGUUAACGUACAUUGCAGGAAACUUUGGGCAAUAUGACGAUGCAUACUGGAUAGGACUCAACAACAGGGAUACAAACCAAGGGUAUCAAUGGUCGGACAGCACAGCAGUGGGGUUCACAAACUGGGCACCAGGAGAACCCAACAACGUGAACGGAUUGGAAAACUGUGUGGAGAUGUACCAAGAGUCCACAGGAGUGGUGUCCUGGAACGAUGUCAGCUGCUACUCUCUCAGGAACUAUGUCUGCAAACUUGCUAAAGGACAGCCACUGAUACAGCCAACGCCCACAGCAACACAACCAGUGGUGACUUGUGAGGACCCGAGCUGGCUGUAUUUCCAGGGUAACUGUUAUCAGUUUGUGCCCUACUUCAAUGGUCAGUCCUGGACCGGAGCACGUCAGAACUGCCAGGCAGCCGGAGGAGAUCUGGUCUCACUGGGGUCUCCUGACGAAGCAGGAUUUGUCUUCCAACAGGCAGGAAGACAGUUGGUGUACGGAGAUCGUGCGUGGAUCGGGCUGCGUGAAUAUGGCGUGGAGGGAGUGUACAGCUGGUCUGACCAGACACCAGUGUCGUUCUUUAAUUGGGCCCCAGGCGAGCCGAAUGAUCACAAUGGGGAGCAGCAGUGUGGAGCAAUGUUUCUCCACAAUGGUCAGUGGGAUGAUGACAACUGUGGAAGGCAGCACAGCUACAUCUGCGAAAAGGCAAACGGCACCAUAACACCAGUGCCUCCCACAGCACCCUGGCCGGGCAACUGUAUGAGUGGAUGGUCAGAAUUUGGCAACAAAUGCUUCAAAAUCUUUGACGAACAGAAGACCUGGACAGCAGCACGGGAUACCUGCAGACAAGUCGGCACAGGGACGGACCUGGCUGCGGUUGAAAAUGACCUUGAACAAGCAUUCCUGAUCACACAGCUGUACGGUAUAUCUGGUAAUCUGUGGAUUGGGCUGUCUGAACGCAGCGAGCCAGGACAGUUUCUGUGGACCAGCGGCCACUCUGUCAGCUACACCAACUGGGCAGCUUCAGAGCCGGGGUUCUGGCUGUACUCAGAUGAUUCUUGUGUGGAGAUGAGAACAAACGACAAUGAUGUUGGUCUCUGGGACGAUGUUAGCUGUGAUGCCCAGCGAGGAUUCAUUUGUCAGGGCUUCAAAGGUAGUUCUUUACCACCCCAAACAACCCCAAUGAGCAAAUGUCCAUCCAGCUACAGUCUGUACUUAUCAAGCUGUUACAAGGUUACAGACAGCAAAGGAUCAUGGGAAGAGAGAAAUGUUGCGUGUCAACAAGAGGGUGCCAAGCUCAGCAGUAUCCUCAACGUGUACCAGCAGGCUUUUGUCAUGUCACUAGCUAAGAGCAGAGUUUGGAUCGGUUUAUCAGAUAUUCAGACUCCUCAGCAGUACAGAUGGACAGAUGGCUGGCCCCUGAUCUAUGCUAACUGGGGACCCAAUGAGCCCAGCAUGGGGCAGAGAGAGGGGUGUGUUGCUAUGGAGGAGGGUGGGGCAUGGGAUGACACCGGCUGCACAACGCAACUCCCAGCUGUCUGCAAGAUAUCUAGUGAAAGUUACUUGCAAAAAUUAUACUUUCCGACUCCACGGACUGUCGGUAACUACGCCAAGUUGGAGACAACAACUCAGGAGUUAAGAAGUCUUACUUUAUGUCUGCACAUGCGCAUUGACCUCACUUCCAACAACCAGGCAGCUUUAGUUAGCUAUGCCGUGCAACAACAACACAAUGAGCUACUCAUCUUCAAUCAAGGAGCGACCGGAUUUUCAUUGUACGUACAGGGAAAAAGCGUUGUCUUUGGUGACUUGCCUGUUUGGGAUCGUAAGAGGCAUGCAGUAUGUGCGACCUGGCGCAGCAGCGAUGGAUCAUGGAAGAUCUACACUGACGGCGUGCUUCAGGCUUCAGGCUUGGGACUGAAUCUAAGAGGAACCGUGCACGGUGGUGGAACAUGGAUCAUCGCACAGGAGCAGGACAAUAUGGGGGGAGGAUUCCAGGAGAGCCAAGCAUUCAGUGGAGAACUGUCACAGAUAAAUCUCUGGGAUUACGUGCUGUCUCCAGCUGAAAUAGGGGCAGACUGGUCAGUCUUCUGUGAUCAACAUGGCAACGUGAUUGACUGGGAAACCGUCAACAUAAAUAUGUUUGGACUGGCCACAAGUGACCGAUAUGACUGCAGCGUACCUCCAACAGUGCCUCCCAGUCAUCCCGGCCGCUGUCCGGACAUAACCUGGCUUUAUUCGGGAAAUAAAUGCUAUUAUAUAGAACCUGGUACAGAUGACAAUAACAGGCGUUCCUGGCCAGAGGCAGAUUAUGAAUGUAAAGGUAGAGGUGCCCAGUUAAUGAGCGUCCACAGCCAGACAGAAAUUGGACUGUUCCAACAGAUGCAGCUUACCUCCAGCGUCUGGAUUGGGCUGUACAAGAACAGUGAUCGUGCCAUACAAUGGACAGACGGGUCUCCAGUAGACUUCACCAACUGGGCGUCCGGAGAACCAAAUGACCUCGACGGCUCUGGUAGAGAGAACUGCGUGGAGAUGUACUCCGAUGGAAGGUGGAACGACAUCAGCUGUUUCGGCAGGCUGGGCUUCGUUUGUAAAACUUCACCUGAAAUCGACUCCAAUACAGUUGAACCCCCUCCGACCACCACGCACCCAACGACUACUGCCGCAUCAACUACCACUACAUCAACAAUAGCAACUGUGACACCAAGACCUGCCACAACAACGAUGCCUACAACUCAUUCCACUCUGACUACCUCAAGGCCAACAACUAGUACACAGGUACCUGGAACAACCACAGGAAAAACUCCACAACCAGCCACACCUGGAACACCUACACAGCUAAGUAAAAGUUCCGCUCGACAAACAACAGCAACCAUGCAUGAUGUACCAACUACUAAAUCAACAGUGCCAAAGCCACCCAUAACAGGACACAUAGUCACUCCCGGGGGCUGGCCAAGUCACAUAACUCCCGCACCUCAAGGAAAAGAUCCCAGUGACCAACCUGGCCUGGAGACAGGAGCCAUCGUUGCCAUUAUCCUGGCGUGCGUCUUCGUCCUUCUGAUAGCAGCUGCUGUCCCUUUGUUUAUGUGGAUAAGACGGUCAAGGGCAAGGGGGCCAAAGACGGACGUACCUAAUUCCUUUGACAACCUUGUUUAUGACAAUGGAAACUUAGGGUUAGAUAAUGGUGCCAUGGAGAUGACGUCUACUGGGUAGGAGGAUAUUAUCACAUUACUUUUAUACACUUUGCCAUUGUAGCAGUUAUAACAUGAGCAACAACAAAUAAACUGAAGGAAUGUACUAGUUGGUGGAUGUAGUUAUAGAUUGAUAGAAAUUAUGUAAUUUAUUUGAUUGACAUUGACCAUGCUGAAAUUCCACUGAACCUGCAACGUUUAGGGUUUAUCUUUUGUUAUCCCUUUUCAUGUCUGCUGUAAACUUAUUUUUUAAUUUCUAAAUGAAAGGGUUAGGUGAAUAAAAGUUUAAUUGCUGUGUACAUAUGUGAUGAAUGGACGCAUUAGUUCUAGAAAUGCAUCACAGACAAUAUAACAUCACAAAAAGUAUACCAUGUAAGAAUUAAUGCGAGUAACAAUAUGCCUACGUAACCAGUGUAAAAUAUUUGAUGCUGAUAUUGUAAGAUUACUCUUCUAGUCACACAGUCAGUCUUUAUGAUGAAUACUAACCACUUGUAGGAGCGGCUUACUUUAUCUAUUAUUUGAAUCUGUAAUUGAAUACGUGACGGCAAUUAGGACCGAUUAAAUGUAUUAUUCUAAUUUUGACUGAUAAGGACAAUGGUUUUACUGCGUAUUCAAAAACAAACGGCUGAAUGCACUAUAUUAACUAAAAAUACCAGGUACUAAUAUUAUGGUUAUACUACAAAGGAGAGGAACCUUUGAUAAUGAUUAUGAUAAAUGUGACAUACUCUUUCGU